UCAGUGACGGUGUAGGGUCUGUGAUGGGAUGACGUCAAAUCGACCUACUCUUGCGUAGUGAGAUACCGAGUGACGCUAGCAACUGGUGCAACAGUGAAAACUUAUUAAAGAAUUCUUAACAAUGGGGAGAUAUUUGGUUAAAACAAUGACUAUACUCUUCAGAAAGGGCUGAAAAUAAGUUGCAAAUUUACGCCAAACGUUUCUGUGUCUUGGGAGAUUUAUAAAAAUUAGUUUUUAAAAAUAAAAUUCAGGAGAUUUCAACGCCGUCAAGAUAGUGAUCCACAGACCGAGAUGAAGACUUGUGGGACAGUGUCACCUUCGUGAGAGAGAUUAUAAUCUCUGUUUACACCUAUUUUUUUCUCUCACUCUUUCUUUCUGUUUAACUCACUUCAAGAUGGACAGAUUAAAAGGAAUCCAAGAUGCGGUUGGCGGGGCCUUUGGGUCCUGUUUCCGGGGAGCGGAAAGUCCAGAUUGGUCCCAGACUACAGCUACUCUCUCUAAGCCUUGGAAUACAGUCAGGGAAGGCAUACAUAACAUUGCCUGGCCAGCCUGGGGAGACGUUAAAGAUAACCUGAAACCCGACUGGGACUCGAUCAAGAAAUUUCCAUCCGAAAAGAUUCCGGGUUGGUCCGACAUUCCGAAGCCAAACCUCAAGAGACCUUCCAUCAAUGGAUUCAGGUCGAGUCUGGACGACCUUCGGGAGAACUUCCACGAGCGCGUCUCCUCGCUGAGCGAGCGUGUGUCGUCCUCGGUCGACUGGUCGCAAGGCAGCAUCACGCGGUCGAGGUCCGCCGAUUCGAGGGCCGCAACCCACAGGUCGAGGAGCAGGACGGCGGCGUCCAAGAGAGCCAAGAUGAGGAGGUCGGAGUGGUACUCGUCCUGCUUCUGCUUUAAGGGGUCAGAGCCCCCCCAAAUCGAGCAUGUCGUGUCCGAGCAGCCACAGAUGGUUCAAAUGGCGCCACCACCCAACAUGGCGGACGAUUUGGAACCCGAAGAACUGCAGACGAAGGUCACAGAGUUGUUGGACGAGUUGGACUUGACGGCGACGCAGAAGAAUGGAAUCCUCAAUUUUCCACCCGAAAAGCAACUUCAGCUCCUUUACGACUACCACACGCUUCAGAGUACCAACAAGAAAAUCGAACGUCCAGAGGCGUACGUGGUCAAGCUGGAAGAAUACUCUGAACUGACAGUUCCUUCUGACCAAUACCAGCAACAUUCAUGGCUCAAGUACACGGAGGGCUUGAAGACUGCCCUGGCCACCCAAAGCAACACCUUCGUCAACGAGUUCAUGGAGGCUGGAGGCCUGAAAGCCCUCCUGCUGUUCCUGACGCGGAUGGACGACACCACCUUCCAGUCCAGUAUACAUACGCAGGUCAUAGCCUGCGUUAAGGCGCUUAUGAAUAACUCUAACGGCCGCAAGCACAUUCUGGCCCACCCGACGUGCAUGAACGUCAUAUCACAAAGCCUGAGUUCGGAGAACCUCAAGACCAAGACGAUGGUCCUGGAAAUCCUCGGAGGCGUGUGCCUGCUUCCAGGAGGUCACAAGAAAGUGCUGGAAUCCAUGCUCCACUUCCAGAAGUACGCCUGCGAGAGGACCAGGUUCCAGACCCUCAUAGUCGACCUAGACAGAUCCUGGGGCAACUACGUGGACGAACUGGCCCUCAAGAUUGCCCUUAUGUCCUUCAUCAACGCCAUCAUCCGAUGGGGUCCUGGUGAGGACUCCUUAGAGUUCCGAUUACACCUGAGGUACGAGUUCCUGAUGUUGGGGGUCCAACCAGUGAUAGAAAAGCUUCGGGGUCUGCAGAACGACAUCCUCGAUAAACACCUGGACGCCUUCGAGUUCUACAGAGCCGAAGACGAGCGAGAAUGGGCAAGAAGAUACGAGGAGGUCCACGUAGAUACCAAAAGCGCUUCUUCCAUGUUCAAACUCCUCCAGGGGAAACUCCAGUAUUCCGCGGCAUACCCACACUUCCUCAGCCUGCUUCAUCACCUACUACUGCUUCCAACUGACAUAGGGGCACCUGACCACUGGAUACUCUUCGAUCGAAUCCUCCAGCAACUUGUGACUCAGAGUGAGGACGGCCAAGACAGAGAGAUUGCCCUUCUCGACAUCAACGUUAACAGCAUUGUCAAACUAAUCACAAACGAAAGAGAACUAACGGAAAGCAAGAAGAAGAUCACGAAACUGGAGGAAGAUUUCGCCGACGUCGUCACUGAUCUGAACAAGAAGGAGCAGGAGCUCUUCACGGCCUGCCAGGAAAAGGAGGAACUCCUACAGACUCUGAACCAGGUCAGAGAACAGCUGGAGACAGAGCACAGAACAGUAUCAGAGACUCAACAGAGAAAUACAGAACUUGAAGCUCGGGUACACACCCUUACCCACCAGGUACAGCAGUUGGCUGCUGGGUCACUCUCCGAUGACGUCAAAGCUACCAUUGCUAAGGACUCAACAGAAACCAACGGCUCCAACGUGCCAUGUCCACCUCCGCCUCCUCCUCCGAUGAUGAAUGGAGGUCCACCUCCCCCUCCCCCCAUGAUGAACGGGGGACCUCCCCCUCCUCCACCCUUGAUGGGCAAGGGACCACCUCCCCCUCCUAUGAUGAAUGGAGGCCCACCUCCACCCCCACCUGGGCCCGGGGGUCCACCUCCACAGGGAAGUCGCAUGACCAGGCCGACAAAACAAAUACCCAAAUCGACCACCCAACUGCGUGCCUUCAACUGGGCCAAGAUGCCAGACUCCCGGGUGACAGGUACGAUAUUCGCCACCCUGGACGAAUCGCCCCUUUACAAAUUCAUGGACCUCGAGGAUAUUGACAGAACCUUCGAUGCCACCGUGUCCAAAAAGGGGAACGGAGAGGGCGAGAAGACGCUAGAAAGAUUGAAGUCUUGCCGAGCGGUCCAAGUCAGCGUUUUGGAAAACCGACGUCAGCAGAACUGCGCUAUCCUCCUCUCCAAGCUCAAGCUGACAAACGAGGAGCUUGUAAGGGUUCUCCUGAAGAUGGACAGCGACGGCGAAUUGGCGCCUGACAUGGUCGAACAGCUCCUGAAGUUCACGCCCACUGCCGAAGAGAAGAGCAUGUUGGAGGAACACGCCGAAGAAAUCGAAAACCUGGCGCGGGCUGAUCGCUUCCUCUACGAGAUCUCGAAGAUCGAACACUACGAGGAGAGAUUACGCUGUCUCUACUACCAGAAGAAGUUCAAGGAAAGGCUGGCUGAGUGCGAACCGAAGAUCCUGUCCGUCGUCAGCUCCACAAAAGAACUGAAGAGCAGCAAAAGGCUUAAGAAGUUCAUUGAAGUAGUGUUGGCCUUCGGGAAUUACAUGAACAAAGGUGCCAGAGGCGGAGCCUACGGCUUCAGGAUCUCUUCACUGAACAAACUGACAGACACGAAGGCUUCCAGCAAUCGCUCCAUAACGCUUCUCCAUUACAUCAUCCGCGUCUGCGAGAAACAAUGGAAGGAUAUUGUGAAAAUGGACGAAGAUUUCCCCAAUAUCAAAGAGGCUGCCAAAGUCAACAUCACCGAGCUCGAGAAGGAGAUCAACAGCCUCCGCCAAGGACUCGACUUCAUCGAGAAGGAGGUGUCGUGGCACAGGGCCCAAGGAUCCACCCCACCUGGAGACAGGUUCCGCCUCGCCAUGAACGAGUUCCUCGCCCUGGCCAAGGAUAAGCUCGUCAAUAUGGAGUCGCAGUUCGAGAAUAUGAAGACCCAGUUCCUCACCCUAGCAGCCAUGUUUGGUGAGGACGGUAAAUCGUCCCAGCCUGAGGACUUCUUCGGAACUUUCGACACGUUUAUCGAUACACUGAAGGACGCGAAGAGGGACCUGGAGAACAUGAAGAAAAAGGAAGAAGAAGAGGAGAGGAAGAGGAAAGAGGCAGAGCGCCGCGAAGUGGAGCGAGAAAGAAGAGCCAAAGAAAAGAGCUCCAGGAUGAACAACGGCCAACCCGGAGGAGGAGGCGUUGGAGGAAUUGGAGGCCAAGGCGGAGGAGGCGGAGGAGACAGCAGUUCCGGCGGGGAGAACGAGAACGACUUCGACGACCUCAUCUCGGCGCUGCGUUCGGGCGACGUCUUCGGCAAAGAUAUAGACAAGAUGCGCCGGAAGAAGAAGCACUCAUUCAGCGCCGGGACGCGGGAGAGGGACCGCGAGAGGAUCAUCGGGUCGCAUAAGUAUGCUUGAUGUCGGGCUGCCGAAGGAGGCGCCGACGGCGACGGCAAGAAGAAAAACAACGACCCCGUGGACGACGGCCAGGAGAGGAAGAUCGUCAUGGAGGCGCAAAACAAGAAGUAAAAAAAAAAAAAGUAAA